AUGAACAAUCAAGUUAACGAAACUAUGAUUCUUUUUGAAAAUUUUAGUGAGGAAUCAAGAAACUUUUGGGUUUUCAUAUACCUUAAAGUCAGAUGUAUUCGAUUCUAUGCGGAUUUUGUAAGUUUUACUAUUUGUUUCGUCGGAUUUUUUGCAAACAUAGUUCAUUUGAUUAUUCUAUCUCAAAAAUCGAUGAGAAAUCUCUCAGUUAAUGUGUUUUUCAUUGGAAUUGCAAUUUGUGAUACAAUCCGAUUGUUGCUAAUUAUUAUUUCUUUCAUUAUUUAUUUUUAUUACAUUUUUCAGGCAUCAUUUAUUCAUGAAAAAUGCACUUCCCCAACUUCUCAUUCAAUGUUAUUACUGGCAGUGUUAUCUAGUAGUAUACGUAAUUUACUAAAAAUAUCCAUGUGGUUUGCUUCAAUAAUGGGUGUUUUUCGAGCUCUUUUCAUUAGAUACCCAUUUAACAAAAUAGUAAUUAGUUUGAUGACUAUAAAGAAUAGUAUUCGAACAUCUAUUCUGAUAACACUCCUGAUUCUACCAUUUUGGUACACAAGUUUUAUUAAAAUUCGGGAAAAUCCAAAAUGGAUUUGGAAACCGCCUUCAGAUUGUCCAGGAUUUUCGAAAAAUUUCACUCAAAUUGUUUAUAUAGUGGAAAAAAUUGUCAUUUUAGUCGACGUAAUUGUGUUCAAGCUAUUGCCCUCAAUUAUUCUCACAAUAACUGCAAUACUUCUUACUUUUCAACUGAAAAAGCAAAAAAUUAGAAGUAUACCAGUUUGGAAUCAACAAAGUAAAAUUCAAACAACUCGAACUACAAAGUUGGUUAUAAUUGAAACAGUUAUGUUUCUAAUACCUACAUUGAUAAAAGGUACACUUUAUUUAUCAAGAUUUUUUGUAUAUAAAUGCGUUGGCUUAACAGAUAUCAUUGAUAAUCUUGCAAUAAUUUUCACUUUGUUGACAAACAUUAAUGGAAGUAUUCAUCUAUUGAUAUGCUAUCUUAUGGCAACAAAUUAUCGAAAUGCUGCAAAACAAUUGUUUCGGUGGAAGGGAAAUAAGAAAAACACAAUUUUGAUUCAAUAUAUCAAACAUUUUCAGAAAUAA